AGCGCAUGCGCAGAUGUGCAGUUUCUGGCUGGUGCGUCUUUAUUCCCUUUUCCGUGACGCUGCCAGGCAGAAGCCUACGUCCGAUCUGUUUCACAGGGCUAAUGCUCGCGGUCUAGUGCCAGUGACACAAAACAAGUCAUUUAAUUCUUCUCCCCACAGUAAUCGACACCCUCGCCUCAUCGAAUGAUUGACAAGACAGCCCGCCAGUCAAAAUCAAUGCUUGGCAGCAACGGCCAAACAUUGGGCAGUUUAGACUGUGAUUGUCCAUCAGCGAACCAAUCAGAGGUGAGAUGCAGUCUCUCGAGAAUGGAGCGGGAAAGACAGAUGGGGGGAAAGGCAUGGACUCGCAAUGAGAUACGUAAUGGGCGGGGCUUAGGCUGCCUUAGCCAGUAGACUGCCGCAGUAGGGUAGGUCAAGGAUUUCCACCACCAAUGAGAUGUGUCUGUCGUUCGUGGCUAUCCAAUCGAAUGAGAGGGGGCGUGACCCGACCACCUCCAUCCAAUGGGAGCGCGCGGCGGGCGGAGCCCGAAGAGGGGGCGGUGGAGUGAGGCGGCGACGCACUCGUCAUUCAGCCCUUUCUGUAUCAGCGCCUCACGGAGGAAGCAUCGCGCGCGCAGCAGUCUGAGACGGAGGCCCGCACCCCCCCACCCGCCGCCAUGUCCAAGUCCGAGUCCCCUAAGGAACCCGAGCAGCUGCGCAAGCUCUUCAUCGGUGGCCUGAGCUUCGAGACAACAGAUGAGAGCCUCCGUGGCCACUUCGAGCAAUGGGGCACACUCACUGAUUGCGUGGUAAUGAGAGAUCCAAAUACCAAGCGCUCCAGGGGCUUUGGGUUUGUUACAUACUCUACAGUAGAAGAAGUUGACGCUGCCAUGAAUGCGAGACCACACAAAGUUGAUGGCAGGGUUGUUGAACCAAAGAGGGCUGUAUCCAGAGAGGACUCGCAGAGGCCUGGAGCUCACCUUACAGUGAAGAAAAUCUUUGUUGGUGGGAUUAAGGAAGACACAGAGGAGCACCACCUAAGAGACUACUUUGAACAGUAUGGCAAAAUCGAAGUAAUUGAGAUCAUGACAGACCGUGGCAGUGGCAAGAAGAGAGGCUUUGCGUUCGUCACCUUUGAUGACCACGACUCUGUGGACAAGAUUGUUAUUCAGAAGUAUCACACUGUGAACGGCCACAACUGCGAAGUGAGGAAAGCACUGUCAAAGCAAGAAAUGGCCAGCGCUUCAUCCAGCCAAAGAGGUCGCAGUGGCUCUGGGAACUUCAGUGGUGGCGGCCGUGGAGGUGGAUUUGGUGGAAAUGACAACUUUAACCGUGGCAGCAACUUUAGUGGUCGUGGUGGGUUUGGUGGCAGCCGCGGUGGUGGCUAUGGAGGCAGUGGAGACGGCUAUAAUGGAUUUAGCAAUGAGGGUUAUGGUGGCGGCGGCGGUGGCCCUAGCUACUCUGGAGGAAGCAGAGGCUAUGGUGGCAGUGGCAACUAUGACGGCUAUAACAACGGAGGUGGUGGCUUUGGCAGUGGCAGUGGAGGAAGCAGCUUUGGAGGUGGUGGAAACUACAAUGACUUUGGCAGUUACAACAACCAAUCUUCAAACUUUGGCCCUAUGAAAGGAGGGAACUUCGGAGGCAGGAGCUCUGGUCCAUACAGCAGUGGUGGUGGCUACGGUGGCUCCAGUAGUGGCGGUAGUUAUGGCGGUGGGAGACGGUUUUAACUACCAGGAAACAAAGCUUAGCAGGAGAGGAGAGCCAGAGAAGGGACAGGGAAGCUACAGGUUACAACAGUUGUGAACUCAGCCAAACACAGUUGUGGCAGGGUGUAGCUGCUACAUGAAGACAUGUGUUAGACAAACUCUCCUUUGCAAACAUAAGGACUGUAUUUGUGACUAAUUGUAUAACAGGUUAUUUUAGUUUCUGUUCUGUGGAAAGUGCAAAGCAUUCCAAUAAGGGUUUUUAUGUAGAAUUUAUUUUAUUUUUUUCCGCACCCAUGCUGUUGAUUGCUAAUUGUAAUAGACUGAUCAUGACGCUGAAUAAAUGUGUCUUUUUUUAAA